AUGCACGCCCUUCACGCAACUCUUGUGACGCUUAUCCUGUCCAUCGUGGGCACCACCACAGCAGCCAGUGGCGAUGGCGUGCCCCAGGCGACCAAGUACAUCGACAGCAAUUCAAACAUCACAUUCCUUGGCUACGCCAACAAGGGUUAUCACUUCGGCAUGGCACUGCCCUCCGACCCCAAAGACGAUCUCAUCGUACAGCUCGUCUCGCCCCUGAAGGACGGAGGCGGUUGGGGCGGUAUCGACUUCGGCGCCUCCAUGACAGGCCCCCUAAUGGUCGUCGCCUGGCCCAACACGGCUAAGGCCAACACCGUAAUGAUCUCGCCCCGCGUCGCAACGGGCUACGAGAUCGACAACGGCGCCAACGCCUACAAUUCAAACCCCAUCACCAUCACUCAGAUCCCAGACGGCACCUUUGUCAACGACACGCACGUCUCGGCCACUUUCGUUUGCGGGGGCUGCCUGAACGCGGACUCGUUCGGCGCCGCCAACAAGACGGCUACCUUUGGCUAUGCCUACGCGUACGACCCCGUCGCGGACCCGGCGGACCCGGACACGAAGCUCUCGGACCACACGGCCAACGGGGAGCCGUACGGCGCCUUUGGCGUCACCGUCGCGCAGGCGCAGAGCGGCGAGUACUCCACCUGGGCUGCCAUGACGGGGUCCGCCGCGGCGGCGUCUGGGACGGCUGCAGCAGGUGCCUCGGCGACGGGCGGGGCCGGUGCGGCUGCUGAGACUGGGUCUUCCUCUUCGUCGUCGUCGUCCUCAUCAUCUGGAGGCGGAUCCUCUUCUUCUUCGUCAGACUAUUCCGAUGCUUCUGGCCUGAGUGGUGGUGCAAUUUUCGCGCUGGCGGGCGUUGGCCUGAUCUAUGUUCUGCAGGCAGUUCAGAUUCUUUGA